UUUUUUUCUUUCUCUCUCUCUCCCUCUCGGGUUAAUGGCGGAGGAGCGAAGAGAUUAGACCGACGGACACGAAGGCCUCCCUCCAUCCUCUCUGCUUCGGUGCUUCCUCCUGCCGUCUGUCUCCUCCCCCGCGUCCGGAGAGAUCCGGUUCAUCCAAUUCUGUUCGUCUGGUCGUUUUCUUGCUGUGUUCGUGCAGCUGCUGUCGGCUUGGGGGGAUUCUUGCUCGUUUGUGGGCGCUGUAAUGGCCGGUCCUCUGCAUUUGGAGCUCGUCGGUCGCGCGUUCUUGCGGGAAUUCGCGGCAUGGGGGAGGUGUUGCUGAGGAAUCUGGGUGGUGGUGGAGCUCGGAUAGGGUGAAAAGGUUGUCAUCUGUUUGUUGCUGAGCUGAAUUGUUCGGGUGUGUUCUUGAGGGGGUGGGUGUGUGUAGCUUGCUCGGAAUCGAGGGGGUGGUGGUGGUGGUGGCGUGGAAGCAUGGCGUCGAGGGACUUUUUGGGCGGGUUCGGCGGGGAGGUCGGCGCGGCGGGGGGGAAGGCGGGGAGCGUGGCCGGCGGCGAGUCCGACGAUAUUGAGCUCAGCCUGGGGCUCUCGCUGGGCGGCUGCUUCGGCGGCGCCGACCAGGCGAGGGAGUUCAAGAAGCCGCGUCUGGUGCGGUCGUCGUCCAUCGCGUCAAUCUGCUCGCUGCCGGGCCCGGGCGGCGGCGGCGGGGACGACAUGGCCGCCGCGGCGCCCCCGCCGGCGCCGCUGAUGCGCACCAGCUCUCUCCCCACCGAGACCGAGGAGGAGCGGUGGCGCCGGCGCGAGAUGCAGAGCCUGAAGCGGCUCGAGGCCAAGCGCAAGCGCCUCGAGCGCCGCAACUCCAUGAACUCCGGAAGGUCCGGUGGCGGCGGCCGGGACGACGGUCAGGACACGAUGUACCCCACCGGGUUCCAGCUCCGGCGAUCCGUCGCCUCGCAGGGGAGCACCUCGUCGUGCAUGCCAGAGCCAGGUGUUGGUGUCAGUGCUGAAGCCAUGGACACAUCAUCUUCAGACAAUGCCAGUUGUCAAAACAAGCCCCUUCCUCCGACGCCGGCCGGUGGCGGCGGCAGCAGCAUGAAGGAGCAGCCGCCGCUGCGGACGCUCCGGUCGCUGACGAUGCGGACGACCAGCACCGGCGACCUGAGGAAGAGCAUGAUGGAGGACAUGCCGAUGGUGUCGUCCAGGGUGGACGGGCCCAACGGCCGGAAGAUCGACGGCUUCCUGUACAAGUACAGGAAGGGCGAGGAGGUGAGGAUCGUGUGCGUCUGCCACGGCAACUUCCUCACGCCGGCGGAGUUCGUGAAGCACGCCGGCGGCGGGGACGUCACCAACCCGCUCAGGCACAUCGUCGUCAACCCCUCGCCGUCGGUGUUCUUGUGAUCGCCGCUCUCGCAGGAGGUGCACACCCAGCUAGCCGUGAGAUCACUCUCUUUUGAUCUUCUCCUUUUCUUUUCACAUUUUCUUUCUCUCUCUUUUCUUUUUCCAACCUCUGAAUUUCUUGGUAAUAUUAUUAAUUACUAGCUUUUAUGAUAUCUUAAUUAGCCAUUCCCUGGCUUUCCAUGAGUUGAAAGGAAUGCAGGGCCUGAGCUGUUAUUUACUGUAAGUUAAGGGAGUGAACAAAAUUUGAGAAAAUUGUCGUCAUCAGCUUAACAAUGUCCUAAAUCCAAAAAUGGAUGUUGGUUCAACAAUGUUCUAGUUUGCACAUGAGCAAAGCUCAUAGGUACAUAGUACAUGAA